AAGACCCAACACCUUUUUAUCCGAGGGAGGGAGGGAUGGAUGGAGAGAAUGAGGAGAGAGAGAAAGACGGGGGUUGUCUAUGGUGAGGUGUAACGUCGCUCGCGCCCAGUGCCAUCGUUUACAUGUGUGAGAAGGGAGAGGGGAGGGGGUUGCUUGCUGGCAACUGGGUUUUCACGGCGAUACGACUUUUAACCGCGAGAUGCCCGGAUGGGGUAAAUGGGAAUUAUGUAUUUUUUGCUUUCGACGAUGACAAGGCUGCUUCUCUCAUCUGUCUGAAGACCACCCUGGGGUGUCCGAGGCCCUCCACUACACCUGCCCUCCCUCUUGCCCCUUCCUUAAACUCUUAGACACCCCCAUGGCCUCCUCCUUACUCGCCCUACCACUCUAGACCCUGCCUUUGGAAACCUAACUGCACCCCACCCAAAGACACACACCGCACCCCAAGGUACCUCACAAUUACCUGGGCCCUGUCACUCAGCCAGACUCACUGAGACAACCAAUCAGUUGCUAUCACCACAAGCAGAGAGCCAAUCAGACACAGCAGAGCUAUUCCUAUUGUAGCAAUACAUCCAAAGGAGCUAAUUCGGUGAAGCCAGGAAGUAGAGAUGAGGAAGUAGCAAGGUACAGAGUGACAAGCCAUUAACCAACCAAACACAGGCUUGUUAGUGAUGACUGUGACAUCUUAUUCAUAGAGAGGUGAGGUACAGAGGAGAGAGAAGGGUAACAGAGUGCCACCAUUCUGCUUGCCUGUCUACCAACCUCUCUCACAUAGUAACAGGAGAAAAGGACAAGGACACAAACAAAAGAGAGAGACCAAGGGCCAAAGCUAGGCAGAGAGAAAUAGAGAGAGAGACAAAAGAGAAUAGAGUGCCCUUCACACCUUACCUCAUACACUCUCCACCGACACCCACCAACUUUCAGCUAACACCCCACACACUCUCCGGCCUCAAGAUGAUGUGCGAGGUGAUGCCCACCAUCUCUGAGGAUGGGCGUGGCGGGAGUGGGGGAGGGCCUUCCUCUCCGGGAGGGAGUGGCGGGGGAAUGGGAGGCGGUAUGGGGGGAAUGGGGGGUGGGUACGGGGGCAGAGGGGAGCCCCGGGGCGGAGGUGACGAGGGGGGCAGCACAGGGAAUCUGGAGUCUCUGAUGGUGAACAUGCUGACGGAGAGGGAGAGGCUGCUGGACAGCCUGAGGGAGACCCAGGACAGUCUGGGGACAGCCCAGCUUCGACUCCGAGACCUGGGCCAUGAGAAGGACUCCCUCUCGAGACAGCUGUCCAUCGCCCUACCACAGGAGUUUGCAGUGCUGACCAAAGAGCUGAAUGUCUGCCGGGAGCAGCUGCUGGAGAGAGAGGAGGAGAUAGCAGAACUCAAAGCAGAGAGGAACAACACACGGCUGCUGCUGGAGCAUCUGGAGUGCCUGGUGUCUCGUCAUGAGCGCAGUCUGAGGAUGACAGUGGUGAAGAGGCAGGCCCAGUCUCCUGCCGGGGUCUCCAGCGAGGUGGAGGUCCUCAAGGCCCUCAAGUCCCUGUUCGAACACCACAAAGCCCUGGACGAGAAGGUGCGAGAGAGGUUACGUGUGGCUCUGGAGCGAGUGACUGUUUUAGAGGAAGAGCUGGAGUCCUCCUCAAAUGAGUGCCAUUCUCUACGAGACCAAAUCAAAAGACGGCAACAAGGCUUAGAAAAUGGGAAAGAGCGGCUGCCCAAUGGACCCUCCUCCAUCCUGGAGGAUGGAGAGAUUGACAGAGAGAGACAGAGAGAAACAGAGAUAGAGCGGCAGAGAGCAGAGCUGGCCCAGCUGAAAGAAAGACUGGCCCUCAUGUGCAGACAGGUUGGGGAGAUCGAGGAACAGCUGACUGCAGCUAGGAGGGAGGUGACCAAGUCAGAGGAAGCCAAUCAGAAACUGCAGAGGGAUGUGAAGGAGGCUCUUUGUCAGAGAGAGGACAUGGAGGAGAGAAUAACUACUUUAGAACGCAGGUACCUGAGUGCCCAGAGGGAGGCGACGUCUCUCCAUGACAUUAAAGACAGGCUGGAGAAUGACCUGGCCAGUAAAGACUCCCUCUACAGGCAGAGUGAGGAGAAGAACAGGCAGCUCCAGGAGCGUCUAGACGAUGCCAAGCAGAAGCUGCAGCAGACCCUGCAGAGGGCCGAGACGCUGCCUGAGAUAGAGGCCCAGCUCGCCCAGAGAGUGGCUGCACUCAACAAGGCUGAGGAGCGUCAUGGUAACUUUGAGGAGCGACUGCGACAGAUGGAGGCGCAACUAGAGGAGAAGAAUCAGGAGUUACAGAGGGCGAGGCAGAGGGAGAGGAUGAAUGAUGAACACAACAAGCGUCUGUCUGACACGGUGGACAAGCUGUUGUCUGAGUCUAACGAAAGGCUUCAGCUCCAUCUCAAGGAGAGGAUGGCUGCCCUGGAGGACAAGAAUGCUCUCUCUGAGGAACUUUCUAACAUGAAGAAGAUCCAGGACGACCUUCUAGCAAACAAGGACCAGCUGAUAGCCGAGCUGGAGAGGAUUCAGCUGGAGUUGGACCAGCUCAGACUGAGACCCGGCGGGUCCUGCUAUUCCAGGUCUCUCCCAGGCAGUGCUCUGGAGCUGAGGUAUUCCCACGGGGGAGGCUCCCUCCCCACGGGCUCCACCGCUCACCUGGAUCACUACGGUAACGCCAACACCGUGGCCGUGGUCAGGCGGACUCACCGCGGGCGCUGGAGCACAGCCCGGGAGGACACCAGCAAGUACGGGGACUGGGACAGUGGGUCAGCGCUGCUGAGGACCGGGUUUGAGGGGGGUGUGGACCACGGUUGCUCUGACGAUGAGGACGACAGAGAGACACUGUUUGGCUCGGAGCUGCUGUCUCCCAGCGGACAGACUGACGUCCAGACACUGGCCAUCAUGCUGCAGGAACAACUAGAGGCAAUCAACAAGGAGAUCAAGCUGAUCCAGGAAGAGAAGGAGAGUACAGAGUUGCGGGCGGAGGAGAUCGAGAGCAGGGUUAGCAGUGUGGCUCUGGACGGUUCCCCCAUCCCACCCUCCUCCCUGGGGAGGGACAGUAUGGGACACGGCUUCAUCCCUCAAUCCCUCACCUCCUCCACCCUGGCCUCCCCUUCUCCUCCCAGUUCUGGGGUCUCCACCCCUCGCCUGCCCCACUCCCCUCACCGCGAGACAGAUAGACAGAAUAACAAAGAGGAUGAUAGGUCCCUUGCCCUUCUUGACUCCACCCCUCCACCCACCCCCCGAGCGCUGCGACUAGACAGGAUGACCCUCACCCACCCAGGGGCCAUGAUGGAUGACCCCAGGGAAUUCCGCAGUCUGUCAGCAGACGGCAGCAGUUCCAACAGCAGUCAGGACUCUCUCCACAAAGCCAGUAAAAAGAAAAGCAUCAAGUCUUCCAUCGGCCGCCUUUUUGGGAAGAAGGAAAAGGGAAGGAUGGGCCCGGCUGGGCGAGAGUCUGCCUCUCUGGCCUCUACGCCUUCUGAGGACCUCAGUACUGGGGAUUCUAUGGGACUGACCAAGGGGAGCAUGACAGGAACUGUUGACAACCGCCGCAGCAAAAAGAAACAUGAGCUGCUGGAGGAGGCGUGUCGUCAGGGUCUUCCCUUUGCAUCCUGGGAUGGACCCACUGUGGUCUCCUGGCUAGAGCUGUGGGUGGGAAUGCCAGCGUGGUACGUGGCAGCCUGUCGUGCCAACGUGAAGAGUGGUGCCAUCAUGGCCAACCUGUCGGACACAGAGAUCCAGAGGGAGAUUGGCAUCAGUAACCCCCUGCACCGCCUCAAACUGAGACUGGCCAUCCAGGAGAUGGUGUCCCUCACCAGCCCAUCUGCCCCGGCCAGCAAUCGCUCUUCGACCAGUAACGUGUGGAUGACCCAUGCUGAGAUGGAGUCGUUAAACGCAGCCACCAAACCGGAGCUGAAAGAGAUUAGCUGGGAUCAGAUCCUGGCCUAUGGGGAUAUGAACCAUGAGUGGGUGGGUAAUGACUGGCUGCCCAGCCUGGGUCUGCCCCAGUACCGCUCCUACUUCAUGGAGUCCCUGGUGGACGCCCGCAUGCUGGACCACCUGACCAAGAAGGAGCUGAGGGGACAGCUCAAAAUGGUGGACAGCUUCCAUAGGGUUAGUUUGCAUUAUGGCAUAAUGUGCCUGAAGCGCUUGAACUACGACCGCAAAGAGCUAGAGAGGAGGAGAGAAGACAGCCAACACCAGAACAAAGAUGUGAUGGUGUGGUCCAACGAGCGUGUGAUGUGCUGGGUGCAGAACAUCGGGCUGAAGGAGUACGCUGACAACCUGACAGAGAGCGGGGUCCAUGGGGCCCUCCUGGCUCUGGACGACACCUUCGACUACACCGACUUGGCCCUGCUGCUGCAGAUACCCAAUCAGAACACACAGGCCAGACAACUCCUAGAGAAGGAAUACAACUCCCUCAUCUCUAUGGGAACAGAGAGAAGACCAGAUGAGGAUGGGACUAAGACUUUCACCCGCUCCCCUUCCUGGAGGAAGAUGUUCAGGGAGAAGGACCUUAGGGGGGUGACCUCGGACUCAUCGGAGAACCUGCCUGCUAACUUCCGUGCCUCCGCCAUCUCCACGCCCUCCGUGACCCUGAGAAAGGUUCAGAGUGACGUGAACUCUGGGCCUCGCGGUGAGGCAGCCUCAGUCAGGACAUACUCUUGCUGAAAGACACGGAGGGCCAUGGUGACUGGAUUACGACUGGACUGCCCUCCUCUCAUUCAUUCACAGGAGGGGAAAGCAGCAGAAAAGCAAUGAAUAUAUACAUUUAUUAAAUAUAAAUCUAUUGGUCUGACCAUUCUGCAAUAACAGAGAUAAAGAAGAAAUGACGAAGAUGGAGAAACAACAAAGGGAAAAGGACAUGAAGAAUGUAUGAAAUAUUGACAGGAUAUAUACUGUACGUACAUGACUAGAAGAGUAGGAUGAGGCAGGACGACUGUUUUAUCUCUCUCUUUGUUCCGUCUCAAUAUGUGAUUGUUCGAUGUGGAGUUGUGUGCUGAGGAGGAGGAGACUGGUGUCCAGUGUCACCCAUUCUGGCUCUCUAUCUGUUAGCUUCUAUGGUGCUGUCAGGGGUUCUCCUAAGUUGGUUAGAGUGCUGCAGUAAAACCAUGUCCCCAUUCAGGCCGCCAUCUUGGCUCCAGCCACAUCAGAGGGGCAGCAAGCCGCUCCUCUACUCAUGGUUUAUCCAUUGGCACCUUGAAAGCUGAGAGGCUCUAGGCUCUAGAGUAAUCUCUUUUGAAUGGAAUCUAUUGUGGAGAUCAAAGGCCGGGCCACAGCAGCAAGGAUACGAUGGGAUGGGGGGCCACAGCAGCAAGGAUACGAUGGGAUGGGGGGCCACAGCAGCGGGGAUACGAUGGGAUGCGGGGCCACAGUAGCAAGGAUACGAUGGGAUGGGGGGCCACAGCAGCAAGGAUACGAUGGGAUGGGGGGCCACAGCAGCGGGGAUACGAUGGGAUGGGGGGCCACAGCAGCGGGGAUACGAUGGGAUGGGGGGCCACAGCAGCGGGGAUACGAUGGGGGGCCACAGCAGCGGGGAUACGAUGGGAUGGGGGGCCAUAGCAGCAAGGACACGAUGGGAUGGGGGGCCACAGCAGCAAGGACACGAUGGGAUGGGGGGCCAUAGCAGCAAGGACACGAUGGGAUGGGGGGCCACAGCAGCAGGGAUACGAUGGGAUGGGGGGCCACACAGUCAUUGUGUUAAAUGGCUGUGAUGUAAUUUAGUCAUUUGUAGGUAUCCACUAAAGUCAGUUAAAUUAGAGUGGGGGGACAUGUUGUUGAGGCCAGGUUACAUACUGCAGGUCUAGUACAAAGCCCAGGGUAAUGGCUUUCUAGAUGUGGUGGACUUUACAGCUCUCAUCAUCAGCUCAGGUUCAUUGGGUGCCCCUGAAAGACGAGGGGAAAGAUGGAGGUGUGAAGAAGGCGAGAUAAAACAGUCAAAGUGACCAAAAGAAAAGAGGAUGGAGACGAUUCAUUUACUGCACGCAAGCCAUAACAGAAACCAAGAGAGGAAGGAUGAUAAGCAGAUCCAGGAAGAGAGAAGAGACCGUUGGAAGUCAAGAAAAACCUUUAGCUUCUGUGUUACGAUGCAUGUCAAACAACCAAGAUGACAAUGAAGUCAACUUUGGGGGGUGAAGAUGAUACACAUAUAUCUGUAGAAAUCUAACCUAUGAGGAUGAAAGCCUGGGGAACAAUUUGUAAAAUGUGUGUAUUUUUAUUUUUUAUGUUUUUAUGAUAACUAUAUUUAUUUUCGUUAUGUAUGUAUGUAUUGAAUAAUUGUAUGUACAUGUUCAUUUAAUACUUAAUUCUUACUAAUUUAAUUUGACCUCAUUUGAAAAGUAAACAUUAAAAAUGGUCAUUAAAAUAUGCUACUGUAUGUGUACAUUUUGAAAACAAAUUGUGUUAUGAUUGGGGGAAAAAAAUAUGAAUGACGAAGAUGAUAAUACAAAUUGAAAAUAACACCUGCAAAAUAAACAGUAAUGAAGAUGAUGGUGAUAAAAAGACAAAAUAAAGUGGUCUCGUGGUACUACACA